AUGAACACUGCCUCCACCUCGGAGAGUGGCUCGUACUCCACAAACCAAAGCAGGCCCUUCUUUUACACGCAGCCAGCAGCACAGCAGCCUUUCCCAAAUCCAUGGUACCCCGCUCACGCGUACCCGCCGUACUGUGUGCCUGCCCCAGGCUUCCGAAGUGGAAAUCCAUACCUGCCGUUUUACUCCGUUGCGCUCCACGAGUACCCUGCAUAUCUUGUUCCACAGCAUCCAGUGCAAGCAAGAGUUAACAGAAGGCCUUAUUUUAAUGCUCCCCAACCUUCCCCUGUGUUUUAUCAUGCAACGAGAUUUAGGCACUAUAGUAACCAUGGGAAAAAAAUGGAGACAAAAGAAACACAGACUGAUCCCAGACAGCCUGAAAACAAGCAUCAAGAUAUCCGUACAGAAACGAAAGGCUGUGAUGCAGGAAGUAUGACCUGUGCUUCUUCUGGUAUAGGUACAGAGACUGAAAGCACUUCAGAGAAACAAGAUUCAUCUGGAUCUUCCAUUGUGGUGGACAGAGAGUUUCAUAACAAGAGCCCUUCCAGCUCUGCGCAGUAUAGAAACCUUCCUACUGGCAGCUAUGCCUUUGAGAAGGAGGAAGUGAGGAUAGAAUAUGGCAAUGGCUCUCCAGCUAUUCAACUGUGGAAGUCCUUUAAAGAGACGAUCCCUUUGUACAACGUGGCGAGUGGGAAGCCAGUCCCAGAGGAGUUAGUGCAGCGUGACUUGUUUUCUGUUGGCUCGUGUGAAGGAAUCAUAUAUGGCCCUCGUGAAGGGGAGAGAACGGUGCCAGGAGCUUCUUUAGAUGAGAGAAAAGCUGUUCUCACCUCAAAACAGGGCGUUGAACCCGUGCAAGAAAGAGAGAUCCAAAACAUUGAAGUGAAGCUGGAUGCAGAAAAGGAGGUGAAUACAAGUCAACAGGCAAAAUGCCUCCCGGGUGAAACCAUGGCAGUGCAAGCCACAGGGCUGGCAAGAUCUGUUGGCAUAGAUCAGCCAGUAGUAAGACAGGAUGUGGUAGGAGCUAAGAAGCCGAGCUCUAAAAAAUCCCCAGGCUCCAAAACUCCUCAAGAAGAGCCCAGCGUUGUUCACCAAGCAGGACUGCUUCCCCCUGGUGUGGAGGAAAUGAGCAACUUGAGUCUUCAGCAGAACAAAGUUACCCCAGGCCACAGCGUCGCGAACGGAAGUCAAAGAGAUAAAAGCAUUUGGUGUGCUGAGUCAGCUGGGAAGUACGUUCCCUCCAGCAGCUGGCUGGCCUGCCUGGACAGCAUGGACACAAACUGUGAUGGCAUUUGCUUGCCACAAAAGAAACGUCCAAGUGUACUCAGUCUGUCUUCUGACGACAUGUCCUCCAGAGAGGAAGGCUCAUCCAUUGAUAAUGCCACAGUGGCUUAUCUCGUCCCUGACUAUGUGCUUCAGAAGAGCACGUACGCUUUCCAGAAAAGUACAGAGGGCUUGCAGAAAGAGCAAAUCAAAAGUGCUGGGUCCCUUAAUGAAGGUGAAGUUGUAGGAAAGGAGCAGAUGAACAGCUUGAAUGACCAAGAUGUCAAAACCUCUGUAACCGUGAAGAGUAAAGAGGCUUCCUGUAAAGGUAGGAAGCUGGAAGCCCUUCCAAGACCUUCAGGUCAGAGAAAAAUCAGUUAUCUCAGUAAAGCAGCUAAGAGUUUGUCUGAAAUGGAGGACUCUGAAGAAUACUCUGUGAGGGGAGAAGAGGAGGAUGAAGAUGGGGAGGAAGAGGAGGAGGAGGAUGAUGACAUGGAUGAAAUGGGGUAUUUCUUUCAAGAAGCCACCCCAUUUGGGAUCUUGACGCCUGGUAAAGGAAGUUUCUACAAAGUUGGCCGGAGGCUGCUUUGGAAACCACCUAAAAAUGCUAUACCAGCUCAGUUAAUCAGCUGGCCUCUUCAAGAGAAGGUGAAAACUAGGACUGAGCUCGGGGAAGACAUCGGUGUCGUGUACAAGGCAAAGGGGAGAGAGCAAGCUGAAGGUGGUCACAAUGACUAUGUGUAUUAUGGAAGAAAGAGGCCUACAGCCAGCAGGGAAGGACUCGAACACCAGCGGCUGCUCCGGAAACUCUUGGGAGGAAAGCUGUUACGGGAGAGUGUGGAGAUAAUACCUGAAGAGCUCUGGAUUAGAAGUGGUGCUAAACCCAAACUAACCAGCCAAGUACACGGGAGUCUCUCACCCCCAGUCAAGAGCCAAGAGCAAGGGUGCCCACCUUUGGUUAAACCAAAGAAGAAGAGGCUAGGCAAGCCCCCCUCAAAGCGCCGAGACACGAGACGAGAGGUGGAAGAAGUGGUGUGGGCAAUGCCCCGAAGCGGCGCGCGCAAAGGGUAUGGAACAAGAAAGUCCCUCUAUAAGAGAAAGUGA